UCUCAGUAUAUGCCAACAACCACCUUACAAGGCCCGCGUGACGCGGUAAUAUCUCUAGCUUUCUCAGCUAAAGCCAAAUUCUUGGCGGCUGCUGGAUAUAGUGGUGUUUGCGUUUGGGAUCUAUCAACUCUCGCGCCUACUUCACUUCCACAUAUGCUCUUUGCUCCUCAAAAUCCGAAAUAUGUUAUAACCGCAUCCGUUUGGGUCUACUUCCAGAAGAACAAACGUCACGUAUUACUACUGGGCACUAUGCGUGGAGAUAUCAUUCUCUGGGAUUGGAAUAACGAGACUAAGACUUUCCAGCUGCUUUAUCGUGUGCCUCCAAUGGACAAUAAAGAAGACGAGGUUCUCUCUGUGGAUGUUCACGAACAGGAUAUUGCGAGUGGCAGGAUCGGGAGGGUUGUCGCAGCUACGGGAAACCGUUACAUCAGUGUCUGGACUUUGACGUCUUCCGGAGAGUUUUCGAAGGUUUUCUCUGUUGUCCUUGAUGAAGGCGUCAAUCCGAAAACAGUUCGUAUGUGCAAAAUCACUCGGGACAUCUUCGUUUUCCCAUCCUAUGGAGGCGAAAUACACUGCUUGGAUUAUAAGACCGGUGCGAUCAAGUGUCGCAAGUCGCAUGCUCCAAUGACAAUGGGUUCCGUCGCUUUGAAUCAAACAACCAGCAAAUUUGUCGCCUACACCGGAAAAAGUUUCCAGCUCUACCGCCUAGGCAGCCUCGAGUUGAUUCAAACCUUUGAAGCAGAGAUUCCUCUCGUAUUGUUCCCAAAACAAGUUACAUUUGGAGAGUCAGAAAAUAUAGUCGUUGGAGGAACUGACCGCGGUCGUGCUGUUGUAUAUGAUGUUAACCGCGAGGAAACCCUUCAAACAUUGAGCUAUCCCCGCGGGGGCCUUGUUCAACCGGUCUCGACAAUUACUUUACCCGACCGCCAUCUCAUUGCGAUCGCAGGAUCGACUGCCCAGCAGCCGGCAGAAGUUGUCAUCUUUGAGAAG